CAUCUGCACCAAGCGAACGCUAAUUCGCCAAUCGUGGUGGGUACACCACAGUGCAGGUGGGUACCCAAAACACGCCUAGACGCCGUCACCAUGUCGACCAGGGCCCCAGCUACAACACCUCCGAUCGUCAUCCCAGGCCCGCUCUCGGCGCAAAUCCCCUCCUCUUCUCAUGAGUCUGGACCAUAUCACACACCCAAAGACCUUUCCCCCCUGGAUGCCGAUUAUAGCGCCUCAGACUACUUCAUGGCCGAGGACGCGCGGGGCGCUGACCCCCGGAGUACCAGCACCGACAACUCAAUAACGCAUGGGAACCCGAGCGGCGCGCAAGAUUCUACCCCAACGGACACCACAACACAAGCCGCACCAACGACGGAGACGACCAACGCCACCACGGUGCACAAUGAGAAUGAGAAGGAGGAGCAGGAUGAACCACCCGCUGCGACGGCUCAAUUGCACGAUGAGGAAGACAUUAGUCUUCUGCCUCCCUUGGCCGAUCGCGAUGACAGCAGUCUAUUCUUGUCGAGUGAAAUUGGCGAUCGCGAACGCGUGAACAACCAGACUCUGAUCGAGGAGCAUGAAAUGCGCCGUAAAUUGAUGGAUGUGGAGUCGAGCUUUCUACCGGAACCCUCGACCAUCGACGUCGCUACGACUGGCCGCGCUGCGGGCGCAGACGAUACCUACUUGGUUGGAGUCGGAGGCUACGAUCCCGACAUGACCCAGUCUUCUACUUUUUCGUUUAUUCCGCCAUCCGAGAGCUACCAGGACACCGAAGGAGACCACGAUGGAGGUGCGGAAGGGACGGAGAAUAUGACCAGCGCGACGCACAUACAGCACACCGCGAAUGACACUAUGCUUGACUCGCUCACCUCGUCACCUUCGGCUGCGGCCAUGCUCCGGAGUCUGCGGCGUGACCAGCAAUCCGAAAAUCCCAGUGAACAUAGCCUGCUAUCCCAAGAUGAACGACCUUUCAGAUCCCAACUCUCCAUUGCAGAAAGCGAAUCCCAGCUCACUCCCUCCAAGCUCCGACAUUCGUCUCGUAGCCUUUCUCCAGGCCAGUCUAGGAUAUUCAGUGAUCAGAGUGGCAGCAUUGGUGGGAGCCGAAGAAGUGGUAGCCGACCGAAGUAUUUGACCAGUCGUCAAUCGGCCCAGCGUCUCUCGCACUCUUCCAUUGCUAGCAACACGACCGAAACAACUCACAGCGAUGCGACUCUGGGUGCUGACUUUGCGCUUCAAUCAGGAGGCGCGGCCUCUGAGCAAUGGGGUGGUCUCAACGCUGGUCCGCGCUCUCAUAUGAUUCGGACAACUAGUCUGGGUAGUAUGGCUUCUGGCGUUUCAGGCUAUAGUGAAGAGAACUCACUGGACAGACGCACCGUCGGCGCCCCGAUUGACGGGGGUCUGCAUACCCUGGAAGAAGAAAGCUCACCGCAGUCAUCACGCCAAGCAGCGGCCUUUGAUGAUGCCACGGCGCCAAUGACACCAAAAGCCAAGCCUCGAGACACUAUCCCGACUGAUACAGCCAUCACAGAACGCGUUAAGGGAAUUCAGGUUCCUACAGCCUUUGUCCAAAGAUUCCGAGAUGAUUUUGGUCACACUGGACCAUCACCCGCGAAACGCCCUGGAGCUUCGACCCCUGCAUUUGGACGAAGUGGCCGCACGAUGACCCUGAAGGAACAAAGUAGCACGAUCGACCGACUCUCAAAGGAGAACUUUGACCUCAAAAUGCGCAUUCACUUUCUCAACGAGGCUUUGAACAAGCGAUCCGAGGAAGGAAUUAAGGAGAUGAUAUCAGAGAACGUGGAGCUCAAAUCGGAUAAGUUGAAACUGCAAAAAGACAACCAGGGUCUGAAGCGCAAGGUUCGGGAUUUGGAGAAGCAGUUGAAGGAUCAGCAAUCCGACAAGGACUCCAUGGUCAACCAUGACCCUGAAGCAUCGGAAGACGAUCGCGACUCUGCUCAGGAUGAGGAGCUUAUCUUCUUACGGGAGCGAGUUGAGACUUAUGAGCUUGAAAUUGAGCGGAUGCGGUCUGAGAAUAUUGCCCGCGAGGGCGAGAAGCGUCGUUUGGCUGAGAUGGUCAAGUCUCUUAGCGAGAACCGUACUACAGGGUCAGAGGCGGGGGCUCGAGAAGAGAGGGACAUGUGGAAAGACAUGCUGGAGGCAGAGACCGCUGCUCGUGAACAAGCCGAGGAAGAGAACCGUAGGCUCCGGGAUGAGUCGAUUCGCCUCAAGAGUGAACUUUACACAACUACUAGCUCUUUGAAGCCGGGGCAGCGGGAGCGCGGCGGGUCUAAUGUCUCGUAUGCGUCCGCAUCGGAAAGAGAUGGCCACCGUGGCGGUUUGAUGAGCACCUCCAGCAGCACUCUUAUGGUUGAGCUCGAGCUCCUGAAGCAGGAGAACGCCGAGCUGAGGAAGGAAGUCAGCGCACAAACAUCGAUGCUUACAUCUCGUAACCGCGAGAAAGAGCGCCUUUACCAAGAGAUUGAGGAGCUCAAGCUCGGCCAGCGGCGUGAUGGUAGCCGAUCCGUGGCCGGAGAUAGCAUUUUCGACCGCUCGGCGUCUCGUGCUCAGAUGCGCACCGGGUCAGAGGUCAGUGAUGGCACCGGAUCUCGGGAUAAUCUGGAUCGCGAGGAGCUCGAAGCUCGAAACGGCCAGCUUCGUGACCAAGUGUCGACGCUUAAGCUGGAGAAUCAAGCUAUUCGUGACCAACUGGAAGACUACAUUCGUGAACUGGAGGCGCUUGACAAAGCUUAUCAGGCCGACGUUGACCAAGCCGAGGAAGAAAUGGCCAACCUACAGCAUGAGCGAGACCAGGCCAUUCAGAUGGCCGACGAGCGGGACGCUGCCUUCCAAGAUCUGCGUGCCGAGGCACAAGAGGAGCUUGAUACCCUUGGUGAGGAGCUUGAUCAGAAGAUCGUCGAGUGUCAGCGCAUGGGCGAGGAUCUACGAAACCAGGACGAGAGUCUGAGGGUACUACAGGCCGAGAUGCGCUCGGCCAGCGAGGGUAUCAUUCGACUCGAGGAAGACGCUCAGAACAAUCUGGAGCGGUACAAGGCUGUGCAGCUGGAGCUGGAAGAAACGAAUCGUGAGAUGGAGAGUCUCGAAAAGAGCCUCUUCGAAGCCAACGCCAAGGUGCAGCGGCUGACGGUGCAGAUCGAGUCGAGCCAGAACGAGAUUGCCUUCCUCCGGGAAGAGCAAGAUGGCGACAAGAUCCGUAUCGGCGACCUAGAGUCCGAGCUCAAGACUUACCAAAUGAGCCUGUAUAGCGAAAAGGAGAAGACUCGGGAGUUGGAGCAGCGGCUGGCGGAUGAGCGGCACCAGCGUGAGGUAGUCGGAAGCAAAGAGAAGCAAGAGGUCCAGCGGAUCAUGAACGAACUCAACCGAGAAGCGUCGGCGGCCAAGGAGGAGGCCCGGCGAUUGAAGAAGAGCCUUUCUACCCAGGAAAUUGAGACUGCUACCUGGCGUGAGCGUCUCAUGGACCUUGAGAACAACCUUCGCGAGACCCUGGGAGAUCUGAGUGGCAGCCGGUCUAGCCUGAUCACCAAUAUCAUGAAGCUGCAAAAAGAACUCGAGUCGACUGCGCUAGAAUUGGAGAGUGUUCGGCAACAACUGGAUGAGAAGGAGUCGCUACUUCGGAAUCGCGACGCCCUUUUGGAGAGUCACGGUCUAGAGUCUCGCAAGCUCUCUGAGCUUCUUGAGCGUGAGCGACAAGCUCGUCGGGCAGAUAAGCAGUCCUUCGAGCAAGCCCUUAAGAACCACCAGCAGGCGUCGCGAACUAUUACCCAGAGCAACUCGCGGAUUACGGAUCUGGAGAAUGCUCGCAAUUCGGAUCGGAAGCGGUUUACCUCGCUUGAGCAGCAGUUCCGAGACCAACUCAGCGAGCGCAAUGCUUUAUUCCUUACAAUCUGGAAGAGACUCUCGUCGAUUUGCGGUCCUGAUUGGGCACACUCGAACAGCCUAAUCAACGGUAACCUGCCGAGUCAAGAGGUUAUUGGCAACAUCCUCUUCUGGCCUGGGUUUAGCCGAAACUUGUUGCUUGCCGUUAGGACCGUUGAAGGUGUGAUUUCGGGCUUCAAAACUCGCAUUAGGAGUAUUGAGCAUGACUUUACGAAGCAGUACCAGAACCUGGAGAGCUCUUUCGGUCAACGAGUCCGUCGACUCGAACGUGUCGAGGAGGCUGUCAAAAACCUGCGGAAUGGACGGGGAUUUUCCAGCUCGUCAUCUGAAGUGUCCAAGCUCCGUGGUGAGAACCGUCUGUUAAAGGCUGAGAUCAACCUACUCCAGUCCAACACCCGCACUCAUGGAUCUGCAUCUGCUGCCGCUGCGGCCGUGAUGGCUUCCGGUCCGCGGUCACCAUCGCUUGCGUCUACAGUAGACCCUGAGCGCUCCUCUUUGACACGGCAUAACUCUACACCCGGUACCGGUGAGAAGCCGCGCUCCGAGAGAGGUCUCACGCGCAGUUCCACUGGUCUCCCCCAGCCAUCACACACCUCAUCCAAUAGCACACUCACCAAUAACGCUGGUGCUAUUCUGCCUCGCUCACGCGGUGGAGCCGGUGGAUGGGAAGGCAGCGAUGACAAGUGGAUUCACCGACUGCACGAGUUGGAGAAACGGCUCAAGGCUGAGCGAGAAGGCCGUCUUCUAGAUCGCAGUGGUGCCCGCAAGCGUCUGGAGGAGCGCGAUGCCGAGAACCAGCGGUUGCGGGAUCAACUUCAGCGAGAGCGAGUUCGACGAGGUCCCUCCGGUACUAUUACGGAUAGUAGCCGUAGUCGAGUGCCUACCUCGGACGAAGGGCCUACUAGCUCGAGUGAAGGGGAAGGGAUCACGGUGGACAUUGAGGUGUGAGUCUGAAUGGUGGUUCUUGGCUUUUUCUUGUACUGUGUACUACUAUAUACCCCGUCCUUCAUCUUUGCGCGAGUCACGAUGGUUACGAUGGCGUUUCUUAUUACUUUUCUUCGAUUCUCUUGUAUCUUAUUCAAAAACACCAUUUGACGUUUUUUUGAUCCAUGUCAUGUGUUGUAUCCCGGCCCAAGGAAGUACUGUAAUGCUGUCCAAAAAUAUGACUAUUGAUACAUCUGGUUUACCCUCCUAUUUGAUCGAGAAUCACCAUUCUACCGCAGAGAGACCUUGAGCGAAAAGUCCACAAUGCCCGUUCCCUGGUGAAUCGAGCUGGUGGACAAAAUAUCCACAUCCGGGCAAGCAUACGCCGCAGCAUUCUCCUCGGUCAACCCACCACUAACCUCAAUUAAGAAAGACCUCCCCUUCCCAGCCCAACUCUCCUUCAACGUCUUCGCCGCCACCCUAACACCCUCCGGCGUAAAGUUAUCCAACAUCACCACAUCCGCCCCAGCCCCAAUAGCAGCAUCCGCCUCCUCCAGACUCCGAACUUCAACCUCGACCUUUGUCGCAAACCCACCCGCCGCCUUCGCAGCAGCAACGGCCUUCGGAAUUGCCGCCGCAAUACUCUCGGGAUUCGUCUUUCCUCCGGCCGCAGCCCCAUUAUUCGCACAAGCCCAGACAUGAUUAUCCUUCAACAUGGUCAUAUGACUCAAAUCGUGACGGUGCGGGUCCGCGCCUCCGACUAGGAUACCGUAUUUCUCGACAACACGGAAACCAGGCGUUGUUUUACGGGUUCCGGCUAGUGUACCGGCCCAGCCUUGGGCGCGGAGGGCGGCGAGCAUCGAAGCGGCCUUGGAGGCGAUGCCGGAACAGCGGGCGAGGAUGUUUAGGGCUACGCGUUCGCCGAGGAGGAUUUUGCGGACGGGACCGCGGACGGUUGCGCAGUGGGUUAUCGUGUUUGCGGGGAUGGCAGUGCCUUCUUGGAUGUGCCAUUCAAUUCUGGGAGAAAGGGCGGUUGUUAGUUAGUGGGUUGCCGGUGAAGGGUUGAUGGAGAGAGGGGGGAAAUGGACGUACGAG